AUGAAAUACCUCACCACCGCACGAUGGUUACUGCUCGCCAGCACCUUACGGCCCACCAGCGCCCAGCUCCAAAUCCCACUCACAGCAGCCCACGACUCGUCUACCGUGGCCUUCAAUGUCAGGGAACAGACGCCUGAGCUCUGUGAUGCGGGAUCUAAAUAUUUCACAGGUGUACUGAAUAUCACGUCUGAGAAGUCUAUGUUUUUCUGGUACUUUGAAAGCCGACAUAGCCCGGACACAGACCCGCUGGUCCUUUGGUUGAGCGGCGGACCAGGCGCAACAGGAGAACUAGGCUGCUUCGUCGGCAGCGGCCCUUGCGCAGUCAAUGAGGACGGAAACUCGACGAGACGCCUGGAAUACUCCUGGGUAGAUAAUGCCAAUCCCAUAGGCGUCGGUUUCUCCCAAAUAACCAACCGCUCCUCCAUCGUCGUAAACCUCCGAAAAGGCGCCCGAGAUAUCUACCGCUUCCUCACCAGCCUCUCCACGGACGUCUUCCCACACCUCGCUGGCCGUCCCUGGCACAUAGCUGGCGAGUCCAUGGGCGGCCACUACGCCACGGGAUACACGGAGUACAUUGCGCGUCGGGAGCGCGAGAAUGCAGCACUGGGCAUCCAGCCCCGGAUCAACAUCUCCUCUGUGGUGAUCGUCGACGGGUACAUUGACGCAACGCGGCAUGUCGCCGGGUACUAUGACUUCUUCUGCACGAAUUGGAGGCGCGAUAGGCGGCACGAGCCACUUAUGAAUGAUAGUGCCUGUGCCUCGAUGGCGGCUGGUGUGCCGGCUUGUGAGGCCAUGGGAAUGCACUGCCGACAGGGCUAUGAUCCCAAGGUGUGUCGGGCUGCGAUGGAGGUGUGCAAUGGGACUGUCGGCCGGUUCUUUGAUGAGGGGGUACAGCCUGGCGGGUGGGAUCCGUAUGAUGAUCGGCACGCCUGCGAAACGCCGCCUCUAUGCUCCAACUUGGCGCACGGCGCCACAUGGCAAUUCUUCAAUCAACGCUGGGUGCAGAACAGACUCGGCUUUGGAAACUACCCAUUUGAACUGAUCGACUUCGACACGAACAAUCGCUGGGUAGCCGCCGAGUACGUGAAUCUUCCCGUGACACGCGAGCUGAGCUGGAUUCUGGACAGCACGGACAUCCGUGUCCUGGUUAUCAAUGGAAAUAAUGAUAUUAUCAUCAACACUCCGGGCCAGAUGCGCAUGCUGGAUGAGUUGCCCUGGAAAGAACAGGCUGUCUAUCGAAGCUUAGGCUAUGAGAACUGGUAUUUCAAGGAUGGGGAGCUGACUUCUGGCCAUGAUGGUGCGGGCUAUGGCGUCCGCCAGGGGGGCUUCUGGAAGGGAACGGCGCGUCUGGCAUUCUAUGCUGUAGAUGAAGCCGGGCAUUUCUCGCCAUCGCACCAGCCCGAGGCCAUCGGCGCCGUCCUGCGGUCGUGGCUUCGCAAGUAA